UGUUGUCUCGUAUUUACCCAUCAUUCUCGUCGGAGCGGAAGCAGCGGUGAAGCAGCGGAGCUCUAGCCGCAGAAGCAGCGCUCAGGAUCGGCCACACACCGGCUGACAUGCCGCGGGGAUGAUGGCUGCGUUCGGCAUUCUGAGCUACGAACACAGGCCUCUUAAACGGCCCAGACUCGGUCCUCCGGACGUUUAUCCGCAGGACCCGAAGCAAAAGGAGGAUGAUUUGACGGCAUUGAACGUCAAGCAAGGAUUUAACAACCAGCCAGCUGUUUCAGGCGAUGAGCAUGGCAGCGCUAAAAAUGUCAAUUUCAACCCUUCAAAGAUCAGCUCAAACUUCAGCAGCAUCAUUGCGGAGAAGUUACGCUGCAACACAUUUCCAGACACCGGCAAGAGGAAGCCGCAGGUCAAUCAGAAGGACAACUUCUGGCUCGUCACAGCGCGGUCGCAGAGCUCCAUUAAUAACUGGUUUACAGACUUGGCCGGGACCAAACCCUUAACUCAGCUCGCUAAAAAGGUUCCCAUCUUCAGCAAGAAAGAGGAAGUGUUUGGCUACCUUGCCAAGUACUGUGUGCCGGUGAUGCGAUCUGCUUGGAUGAUUAAAAUGACGUGUGCGUAUCACGCUGCCAUAACUGAAACCAAGGUGAAGAAGAGGCACGUCAUUGACCCCUGCAUAGAAUGGACUCAGAUAAUUACUAAAUACCUGUGGGAGCAGCUGCAGAAGGUGGCAGAGUUUUACAGACAGUCUCCCAGCCAGGGCUGUGGGUCUCCUCUGCCCGCUCCUCCUGCUGAGGUGGAAACCGCCAUGAAACAGUGGGAGUACAACGAGAAGCUGGCCAUGUUCAUGUUUCAGGAUGGCAUGUUAGACAGACACGAGUUCCUCACCUGGGUGCUGGAGUGUGACGAGCUUCUGCGAUUCCUGCUGCCGCUCCUGUUACAGUACUCGGGAGAGUUUGUGCAGUCAGCCUACUUAUCUAGACGACUUGCGUAUUUCUGCACACGCCGGCUCAAUUUGCUGCUGAGCGAUGGCAGUCUCGGACCAGGUCCAAGCGGACACCCGGCCCACGGCAUUUCAGCACAGCAAGGGAACGCUCUGCCUCCGACCCCAACCUCCCAGCCUGCAGGGGGCAACCAGCCUCAAACCCCCUUCACAGACUUCUACAUCUGCCCCCAGCACAGGCCCGUGGUGUUUGGACUCAGCUGCAUGCUGCAGAGUAUCGUGUUGUGUUGUCCCAGCGCUCUGGUCUGGCACUACUCUCUGACAGAUAGCCGUAAUAAGACCGGCUCGCCAUUAGACCUCUUGCCAAUCGCGCCCUCUAACCUGCCCAUGCCGGGGGGCAACAGCAGCUUUAACCAGCAGGUUCGUGCCAAGGUGAGGGAGAUUGAAGAGCAGAUCAAAGAGAGAGGACAGGCGGUGGAGUUUCGCUGGUCUUUCGAUAAGUGUCAGGAGACGACAGCAGGUUUCACCAUCAGCCGGGUUCUGCAUACGCUGGAGGUUUUGGAUAACCACAGCUUUGAGAAGUCUGACUUCAGCAAUUCUCUGGAUUCGCUGUAUAACCGGAUCUUUGGCUCGGGACAGAGCAAAGAUGGACACGAGAUGAGUCCAGAUGACGAUGCGGUGGUGACCCUGCUGUGUGAGUGGGCUGUUUCCUGUAAAAGAUCCGGGCCGCACAGAGCCAUGGUGGUGUCCAAACUCCUGGAGAAGAGGCAGACGGAGAUCGAGGCAGAGCGGUGUGGAGAGUCGGAGGUCGUGGAUGAGAAGGGCUCUGUGUCCUCGGGGUCUCUGUCUGCUGCCACUCUGCCUGUUUUCCAGGACGUCCUGCUGCAGUUCCUCGACACACAAGCUCCUGUGCUCACACACAGUGGAAACUCAGAGCGCAAAGAGCAGGAUGCAGGAAGCAGUGUUAAAAUGGAGGAUACUGGUAUGUCCGAGUCAAUGGAGAUAGAUCACAACUCGAGUGCUAACUUUGAUGAGAUGUUUUCUCCUCCAAUGCACUGUGAGUCGAAGGGAAGCCCUUCCCCGGAGAAACCUGCCUCAGAACAGGAGAGCAAAAGCACUGCCAAGGAUAAGGGCAUGGACCCGGCCUUCCCGCUGGUUUACGAGCAGCCCCGUCACAUACAGUACGCCACCCACUUCCCCAUUCCUCAGGAGGAGAGCGCAAGUCACGAGUGUAACCAGCGUCUGGUGGUUCUCUAUGGGGUUGGCAAACAGCGAGAUGAAGCUCGCCACGCCAUCAAGAAGAUCACCAAAGACAUCCUGAAGGUUCUCAACCGCAAGAGUACAGCAGAGACAGGAGGUGAGGAAGGUCAGAAGAGGAAGAGGAGUAAACCAGAGGCUUUUCCCACCGCUGAAGACAUUUUCUCUAAAUUCCAGCACCUCUCACACUUUGACCAGCACCAGGUCACCUCUCAGGUGUCCAGGAAUGUUCUGGAACAGAUCACCAGCUUUGCCUUAGGGAUGUCCUACCACCUCCCACUGGUCCAACACAUCCAGUUCAUCUUUGACCUCAUGGAGUAUUCGCUCAAUAUAAGUGGCCUCAUUGACUUUGCUAUACAGCUGCUGAAUGAGUUGAGUCUGGUGGAAGCAGAACUCCUGCUGAAGUCCUCCAAUCUGGCGGGCAGUUACACUACAGGUCUCUGUCUGUGCAUUGUGGCCGUUUUGCGGAGAUACCAUUCCUGCCUCAUCCUCAACCCUGACCAGACCGCACAGGUCUUCGAUGGGCUGCGGAUUGUAGUCAAGUCUGGCGUGAAUCCUGCAGACUGUUCCUCAGCCGAACGCUGUAUCCUGGCCUAUCUCUACGACCUCUAUACCUCCUGCAGUCACCUGAAGAGCAAGUUUGGGGAGAUUUUCAGUGAGUUCUGCUCAAAGGUGAAGAAUUCCAUCUACUAUAACAUCGACCCAUCAGACUCCAACAUGCUGUGGGAUCAGGUGUUCAUGAUCGACGCUAUCGCUAAUCCUACCGCACACAACCUCAACCACUCCAUGGUGGGAAAGAUCCUCAAUGACAGCCCAGCCAACCGAUACAGCUUCGUGUGUAACGUGCUUAUGGACGUGUGUGUGGACCACCGGGAUCCCGAGAGGGUGAAUGAUAUCGGGAUCCUGUGCGCGGAGCUGACGGCGUACUGUCGCUCUCUCAGCGCUGAGUGGUUGGGAGUGCUCAAGGCUCUCUGCUGCUCUUCCAACAACGGCAACUGUGGCUUCAACGAUCUGCUCUGCAACGUUGAUGUGAGUGAUCUGUCUUUCCAUGACUCGCUGGCGACAUUCGUUGCCAUCCUGAUAGCUCGGCAGUGUUUGUUACUGGAGGAUCUGGUGCGCUGUGUGGCCAUUCCCUCCCUCCUGAAUGCAGCCUGUAGUGAGCAGGAUUCUGAACCUGGAGCCAGACUGACAUGUAGGAUCCUUCUUCAUCUGUUCAGAACCCCACAGCGCAACCCCUGUCCUCAAGACGGCACCAAAUCAGACAAAUCCACAGUGGGCAUCAGAUCGUCCUGCGACCGACACCUGCUGGCUGCUUCUCAGAACAGCAUUGUGGUGGGAGCCGUGUUUGCCGUGUUAAAGGCUGUUUUCAUGCUGGGAGACGCUGAGCUGAAGGGUUCGGGCUUCUCCCACUCUGCUGGAUUGGACGACAUCGGAGAGGAUGACAUGGGGUCCAAAAAAUCCGGAGGACGUAAUGUCUCGAUUGAAACGGCCAGUCUGGUGGUUUAUGCCAAGUAUGUGCUGAAGAGCAUCUGCCAACAGGAGUGGGUGGGUGAGCGGUGUCUGAAGUCUCUGUCGGAGGACAGCAGUGCUCUGCAGGACCCAGUGCUGGUGAACAUCCAGGCUCAGCGCUUGCUGCAGCUCAUCUGUUACCCACACAGGCAGCUAGACAGCGAGGAGGGCGAGAAUCCUCAGAGACAGCGCAUCAAACGCAUCCUGCAGAACAUGGACCAGUGGACCAUGAGACAGUCCUCUCUCGAGCUGCAGCUCAUGAUCAAGCAAAGCUCGAAUAACGAGCUGUAUUCUCUUCUGGAGAACAUAGCCAAGGCCACCAUUGAGGUUUUCCAGAAGUCUGCUGAGAUGAACUCUAGUAACCCCACCUGGAAUGGCUCUGCGGUUUCUGGCAGCUCCGUCUCCAAUAGCAACAGUGCCAGCAAACUCAAACCUGUGCUCAGUUCCUCCGAGCGUUCAGGGGUCUGGUUAGUGGCCCCUCUGAUUGGUAGGCUGCCCACCUCAGUGCAGGGUCACGUGUUGAAGGCCGCCGGUGAAGAGCUGGAGAAGGGACAGCACCUGGGACCCUCCUCAAGGAAAGAAAGAGAUCGGCAGAAACAAAAAAGUAUGUCUCUCCUGAGCCAGCAGCCCUUCCUCUCUCUGGUGCUGACGUGUCUCAAAGGACAAGACGAGCAGAGAGAGGGUCUCCUGACUUCCCUCUACAGCCAAGUCCAGCAGAUUGUGACUAACUGGCGUGAGGACCAGUACCAGGACGACUGCAAGGCCAAGCAGAUGAUGCACGAGGCCUUGAAGCUGCGACUCAAUCUGGUGGGUGGGAUGUUUGAUACGGUGCAGCGAAGUACACAGCAGACGACGGAGUGGGCGGUGCUUCUGCUGGACAUCAUCAGCAGUGGCACAGUGGACAUGCAGUCUAACAAUGAGCUCUUCACUACGGUGUUAGACAUGCUGAGCGUGUUGAUUAACGGCACUCUGGCGGCUGACAUGUCCAGCAUCUCUCAGGGCAGCAUGGAGGAGAAUAAGAGGGCCUACAUGAACCUGGUCAAGAAGCUCAGGAAAGAGCUUGGUGAGCGUCAGUCCGAGAGCUUGGAGAAAGUGCGUCAGUUGCUGCCUCUACCCAAGCAGACGCGUGACGUCAUCACCUGUGAGCCCCAGGGGUCACUCAUUGACACAAAGGGCAACAAAAUUGCUGGAUUCGAAAAAGAGGGUCUUCAGGUGUCGACUAAGCAGAAGAUUUCUCCUUGGGACGUGUUCGAGGGCCUGAAGUACUCUGCUCCGUUGUCCUGGGGCUGGUUUGGGACCGUGCGGGUCGACCGCAAAGUCACGAAAUAUGAGGAGCAGCAGCGGCUCCUGCUUUACCACACUCACAUAAAGCCCAAACAGCGCAGUUACUACCUGGCGUAAAAUGUCAUUCAGUGGGAAUAUUCUUUCAGAAGAUGUGAAAUAGCGCCUCCUGCUGUAUAACCGUGAACACACGCAAAGCUGGAAAAUUCUGUCAAUGGCGGAAUGCGAAAGAGUUAAAAAGUCAUCAAAUCAAGUUUUCCAUAAUUUCCUGUGGUUUAGGACUACAAGCCGCACAACCCAGUCAUGCAGUACACGCCGGGCAUGGCUCCUGAUCUGAUGAACAUGAGCCAGUCAAACAUGUCUUUCCGGAUGGGCUACCAGGCUCCAAUGAACAUGUAUGCCCAAAACCAGCCUCUGCCACCAGGAGGCCCCGGUUUAGAGCCCCCUUUCCGUCCCAGGGGUCCUAUGGGCAAAAUUCCUCCACGUCCCGCCUACAGCAUGGCUAAUAUGCCGGGUGCUGGCAUGGGCAACAUGAUGGGAAUGGACAAGCAGUUCCAGAUGGGCUACAAGCCCCCUCAGAGCAUGCCUCAGGGGCAGAUUCUCCGUCAUCAGCUACAGAAUCAUAAUCAUUUACUUGGACAGCAGAUUAGACAAGUGGCACCUAAUCAACAGUAUCCAUCAAUGCAGCUGACACAGAAUAUUUCCCAGGGCUACACCUCGUACGGCUCACACAUGGGGAUGCAGCCGCACACCUCUCAGCCCGGAGGAAUAGUUCCUGCCUCGUACGGUAACCAGGGCUUCCAGGGGGGACAUCCUGGCACAAACCCAGCCAUGGUGGACUCUCUUAGGCAAAUGCAGCAGAGGCCUAGUGGCUACGUCCAUCAGCAGGCUCCUGCAGCAUACGCACACACAAUGCAGAACACGCAAAGGUUUUCCCAUCAGUCCAUGCAGCAGUCUAUGAUGCACGGCCUGGGUCAAGGUCACUUGGGAGCACAGGGCAUGCACCCCAGCAUGAGGCCCAAUCAGAUGAUGGAGCAGCAGCAGCAGCAGCAACAGCAGCAGCUGAUCAGACAGCAUCCAGCUCUCCGACAGCAGGUGCAGCAGCAGCAGGUUCAGCAACAAGUGCAGCAGCAGCAGCAGCAGCAGCAGGUUCAACAGCAGCAGGUUCAACAGCAGCAGGUUCAACAGCAGCAGGUGGCAGCAGCCCAGCCUCCCGCUCAGACCCUGGGGAUGCAGCCCAUGUUCCCUCGGCAAGGCAUGCAGCAGACCCAGCAGCAGCAGCAGACCGCAGCACUGGUCAGACAGCUCCAGCAGCAGCUCUCAAGUACUCAACCUGGACAGAACACCAACUCAUAUUUCUGAGAGCGUCUGAAUGCAUUUCACCAGUGGUAAAGAGUAGUUGUGUCCACGUUAGCGGAUUCUCUGCUACACGGAGCUUUCUGAGAGAAGAACAGAAUCUGAAGUAGAGUUGUGUAGACUUGUAUUUCUGAACGUCAUAGAGGAUUCAUUCCGAGGUGAACCAUGGAAGAGUUUAUGUAAAAAGAAGUACAGGAAAUUAUAAGAAUAUUGCAACCUUUUUAAUUUUAUUUCAAUUUGUACAAUUUUUCAGUUCCGUGUGUUUCUCAUUAAAAAAAAUCAUGUCA